AAGAUGGAGACUGCAAUGAGGAGCCUUCUGUCAGAUAGCAGCAGAUACGUCGAGUCCUUCCGCCUAUUCCUUAAGAAUUCCACCGAUCACCAGUGCAUGCAGCAGUUUAUAGAGACCAGGCUGCCAGGCAUCGUCUCCAGUAUAGGGGAUGGAAAGACGACCAUCAAUGUCCUUGGAGUAGGAAGUGGAUCAGGUGAAAUAGACCUAAAAAUCUUGUCCAAAAUACAAGCUCGAUAUCCUGGAAUCCCCAUCCAUAGUGAUAUUGUUGAGCCAAGCCCAGAGCAGAUCCUCAGCUACAAGGAGCGCGUGGCCAAGACCCCGGGACUUGAAAAUGUUCAUUUUAACUGGAUCAACAAAACAUCUUUUGAGUUUGAGGUUCAAGUUAAGGAAGAGACGUCAGAAAGAAAGUAUGAUUUCAUCCAUAUGAUACAUAUGCUGUACUACGUAGAAGAUGUGCCAGCAACACUGACCUUCUUCAGGAGCCUAUUGGCACCAAAUGGAAAACUCCUUAUAAUACUUGUAUCUGGAAAUAGCGGAUCUUCUAUUAUAUGGAAGAAGUACGGACCACGUUUGCCCCGAAACGACCAGUGCCUCUCAGCGGACGACAUUGCAGACGUGCUGAGAUCAGAGGGCACAAAGUAUCAGAGCUAUGAGCUGCCAGCUUACAUUAACAUCACGGAAUGCUUCAUCGAUGGGAACAGGAACGGCGACUUGAUGUUGGAUUUUCUCACAGAGACUUAUGAUUUUAACAAAAAUGCCUCUCCCGAGCUGAGAGAGGAAAUAUUUCAAGAGCUCCAGCGCCCAAAGUACAGCUCUGUUAAAGAGGGAAAGAUAAUUUUAAAUAAUAAUCUUAGCGCUAUAGUGGUGGGGAGUGGAUAGAUAUGAGGAACAAUGGGCGCGUCCAUGCAACUGGUCUCAGUGAUUACAAAAUUUUUCUAAAUAUUGAAUUUUUUUUACUGUUUUUAGAUGCGAUGUUUAAAAAGAUUGGGGGGGUCAUCCUUUUUGCUAUUAUGGGGACUGUUAAUGUAGUAGAAUUCAGGAACAAGGUGGGAAGGCUUGGGGGUUCUCUACGCCUCUCCAUAGUCUAUGCUUUUUCCUCAUAUUUAGUUUUUUUGGGUCAAGGGCAAAACCUACAAUCUCUCCCUCCAUAAUUUACUCAAUGCCCCUUCCGUAAGUCUCAUACACAUCCAAUGCAGAGCGCCAUAUACAAGCAUAACCAGCCCUCUGUUUAAAUAUAUGGGGCACUAGACACACAGAAUCGGCAACAGGACUCUUUUCAAUAGGUAAGAGUCACAAAGAUGGGUCCAACACCUAGUUUUGUGCAUGUGUCCUACUAAAGGAUUAUCCCGUUGUAUUAAUCUUUUUUGUUUAGGACACCCAGUGGCUUAAAAAUAAAGGCCAUACUGAUUUCACCAUGCUCCAGUCCCUGCUGCUCUUCAAUUCCUAGUCCCAGUUUAAUGCACCAGAAAUACCUGGAAAAGCCAA